AUGGCCAAGUUCCCCGCCAGGAGCGACGGCGCCUUUGCGCAAAGCCAGCCCGUGGAGGACUGCUACGGCGAGCUGCUCUCCAGAGGUUUGCUUCGGGUUUCGACCUCCGGAGAGGCGCUGCCCGAGGCCGAUUCGCUGCACGGCAGACUGCAACGCCCGGACCGGGAGCCGGGGUUCCGCGCGGGGAUCAAGGCAGAAAUUCAUUUCAACAGUGAACCCAUUUCUUCAGAAGAUGAGGAUGGAGAGACUCAAGAAAACAAGAUAAAAUCUCUCAGCAAAUAUUUGCCUCCAAAGAAAACAAUCACUCAGAUUAUGAAGGACAAAAAGAAGCAGACACAACUUACUUUGGAAUGGUUAGAAGAAAAUUAUAUUGUCUGUGAAGGAGUUUGUUUGCCCCGAUGCAUCCUUUAUACGCACUAUCUGGACUUCUGCAGGAAGGAGAAACUUGAGCCUGCUUGUGCUGCUACAUUUGGAAAGACAAUUCGCCAGAAAUUUCCUCUCCUCACCACUAGGCGGCUGGGCACAAGGGGCCAUUCAAAGUAUCACUAUUAUGGAAUUGGCAUUAAAGAAAGCAGCGCAUAUUAUCAUUCUGUGUACUCUGGGAAAGGUUUAACAAGGUUUUCUGGAAGCAAGUUGAAGAAUGAGGGUGGGUUUACUCGGAAGUAUUCCUUAAGCUCCAAAACUGGGACUCUUCUUCCAGAAUUCCCCAGUGCUCAGCAUCUUGUGUUGGACCAGUGUAUCUCUAAAGACAAGGUGGAUACCCUUAUCAUGAUGUAUAAAACCCACUGUCAAUGUGUCCUUGACAAUGCCAUUAAUGGAAGUUUUGAAGAGAUCCAACAUUUCCUACUACAUUUCUGGCAAGGAAUGCCAGAGCAUCUUCUUCCCCUUCUUGAAAAUGCAGUUAUCCUUGAUAUCUUCUGUGUUUGCGACUCAAUACUCUACAAGGUCCUCAUAGACGUACUAAUCCCUGCAACUAUGCAAGAAAUGCCAGAAGGAAUAUUGGCUGAUAUAAGAAAUUUUGCUAAAAACUGGGAACACUGGAUUAUUUCUGCACUAGAAAAUCUACCAGGAGACCUUGCAGCAAAGAAAUUACCAAUUGCACGGAGAUUUGUAUCUUCUCUGAAGCGUCAGACAUCCUUUUUACACUUAGCCCAGAUUGCGCGACCAGCUCUCUUUGAUCAACAUAUAGUGAAUGCCAUGGUUGCUGAUAUUGAAAAGAUUGAUUUGUAUGGCAUUGGAUCUCAGGCACUCCUCACCAUCUCAGGAAGCCUGGACUCUGAUGUGGAGGGCUACAUUGAAUAUGACUCUAUUACAGUGUUCCAAGAACUGAAGGACCUCUUAAAGAAGAAUGCUACUGUGGAAUCAUUUAUUGAAUGGCUGGAUACCGUAGUUGAGCAAAGAGUUAUUAAGGCAAGCAAGCAGAAAGGUCAGUCCCUAAAGAAGAGAGCACAAGACUUCCUUCUCAAGUGGAGCUUUUUUGGAGCUCGAGUAAUGCAUAAUCUCACUUUGAACAAUGCAUCCAGUUUUGGUUCAUUUCAUUUGAUCCGAAUGCUUUUAGAUGAGUACAUCCUGCUUGCGAUGGAGACCCAGUUCCACAAUGAUAAAGAACAAGAACUCCAGAAUUUAUUGGACAAAUAUAUGAAGAAUCUAGAUGCCAGUAAAGCUGCUUUUACAGCAUCCCCAAGCUCUUGUUUCCUAGCAAACCGCAACAAGUCUGGCACAAUUGCUAGUGAUGCCUCAGUGAAAAACGAAUGCCUGGUGGAGCAAGCCUAUUUCCCUUUGUCAUCCGGUCAGCAGAGUAGCAUGUCCACCGGUCUGAACCCAUGCUCUGCGGGAGACAGUGAGAAUAUGCAACCCACAGGUCAAACGGACCUCUCUCAGAGCACUGCCCACCUUAUCACUCCACCCAUUUCUCCAGCCGUAGUUAGCCGAGGAAGCGUUAUCAACCAGGGACCGAUGGCUGCCAGACCAUCCAGUGUUGGCCCACCAUUGCCUGCACAUUCGCAUUGUUCUUCUUAUUCCGAACACCUCUACCAGACGGUGCCACCAAGUAAUCAGAAUUUCUAUGAAGUCGGGGCCACUUAUCCAGCCAUGUUCAGGGCCCAGGCCCAUCCACUUCCAGGAGCCUACUCCCAGAGGGUGGAGCCCAGCCUUUUUCCAGCAGCAAAUGAGCAGCAUCGUUUCUCCAGGGACUACUUCAAUAGCAGCUGUGCUGUUUCUCCAUACGGUACCCGUUCCCCUCCUCUAUAUGGAUCCUCUUCAGCUACUCAGGAGACACAUUGUAUGCAAUUUUUGAACAAUGGGGGCUACAACUUUAUGAACAACACUACAACUAGUUCUUGUCAAGGACCAUCAUAUUCUACUGCUGCUUCUAAUGGGUUCUAUGGAAAUAAUACAAACUAUUCAGAUUCCCACAGACUUGAGUCACUGGUAGAUCAGCAUGUUUCGGUCAUCAGCAGCGUAAGCAGCAUUCGCCCAUUGCCUCCAUACAGUGACAUUCAUGAUUCACUCUGCAUCUUAGAGGAUACAGGAAGGAAACAGGGAGCAUCUUAUUAUCCAGAUGCCUCAAUCGCUGGUCAGAACUCUAUAACUUCAGAAAUGCCGCCUGCAAUGUCUGCAAGUUCCUCCCAAUGCAUGUAUGGCCAUUCUCGACAGUGUCCUUCUCAGGAACCAAUGGACUCUUCUGGACAAGCCAACAAUGAGAUGGUGUCAUCCUUACCACCAAUUAAUAUUGUCUUCAUGGGAACUGCUGCUGGAGGCACCUGAUUUUUAUUUCUCUAUUACUUCCUCCACUUAACAACUUUUUUUUUUGUUAGAAAAAUUUUACAAAUUGUUUUUAAAGAGCAUCCAGAAAGGUUUUACAGUGUAUGCUUAAGUAAUAUUGGACUUCUGGGUCUGAAUGCCGAACAUUUCUUAUAUAUGAAUGAGAAUAUAAUUGCAAUUUGGUUUUUAGGUCUUUCUUCUUACUGCUGUCUGGUUUUCAAUGCACAUUUAGAGACUGUUCAUGUUCCCUCUUCUCCCCUUAUUGCAAUUUAAAGCAAUAAUUAAACAGUGUUUUGUUUUUCCAGCAUAAUCAAUAAGUUUUUCUUUCUCUCAUCACAAUUCUGCUAUCCUCUCUCCUUGACAUGUGAUCUACUUUCUGGAAACUCUUUUGGUUGCACAAGUGCACCUGGCAGCGAUGCCUACUCCAGAUUUGGAAACAUGGAUGCACUAUCAUGAUACAUUUGAUGAGCUUUUCCCAUCCCAGUGCCCUCCAGAUGGACAGGAAUAUCAAAUCAACUUUAGAUGGACAGGAAUACCAAUUCAACUUCAGCCAGCCUGGCAGGGAUUUGGAAAGUUGUAUACCAGAUUUUGAAGGCACCAGAUUAAGAAAGCCUAUCCUAAAUCAUUUCACAAUACUAAGACACAACAUAUUUUGUGACUUUGCUCCCAGGAAACAAUUGCUGCCUUUCUUCCCAUCCUAUCAAUUAGGCACAAUCAAUCUGAAUUACAUUGUUUCACUGAAUUGUUAUCAGUUCCCCAAAUGUCAUGCCUUAGGGAGAAGGCAAUGGCAAACCACUUCCAAAAAAUGUUGCCAGGAAAACUGCAUGGCAAAAUAAUAGUAAUAACAAUAACAACAACGAUGGUGAUGAUGUAUGGCUCCUGGGUAAGUGCCUAUGUGUACUUUAUUCUCUGUGAUAUUAUUCUGAUGUUUUGUAAUUAAUGGUUGCUAUGGACAUGGUUACUGUAGU